AGUCUAUUAUUAUUAAGAGUAGGCCAAUAUUAUGAGAAAUACUACGCGGCUCGUGCCAGUCCCAUAUCUGACAUAAUAGACCAUCGGAGUCUUGUAUCCCUUACAUAAAUGGAUCAGUGCACAUGCAUUGGAAGACUGGGUUGUGCCAUAAAUAGCCCUGUAGAAAACCACCUGUGUAUUUUUAAAUCCUUUCAUAUCCAGCUAGUUCUAUUUUACAACGUACCAUGUCUUUGGCAACCGCUAUCGAGGAGAAAAUUGCUUCAAAGAAGGUAAUUAUGUAUUCGAAGACCACUUGUCCGUAUUGUCUGAAAGCAAAAAAGGUGUUUUCUAAGUUUAUAACGGAAGGGACUCUGAAAAAGGGGGACUAUGAAGUUAUCGAGAUAGACAGAGAUCCCAAAUGCACUGCUAUCCAAACUUGCAUGUUGAAGAAAACAGGAGCGAGAACUGUACCCCGGGUUUUCAUUAACGGGAAAUUUUUUGGAGGAGGAGACGAAACGGUCCAGAUGGCUUCCAAUGGCAAACUGAAAAAGCUUUUGAAUGAGGGAUGUUAAAGGACAAUAUUAUCUGGAUAAUGAUUGCUGAAGAGCUUUAGAAAUCUAGUAUUUAUUUUAUUUAUUAUGACAAUCAGAACUCUAAGCAAUAAUGAAUUUGAUAUUAAUAUAUGUAUUUGUAAAUGAUUAAAUGCGAUUAAAAGACGUUAAAAUAAA